AUGCCAUGGGACCUUCUCAGCAGAAUGCUCUCGCAAGGAUCAAGCAGUAAGGCGGGACCGAGCCACGACGGCUCGACCCUCGGUCCGGUUGCAGCCGCGGAGAUAGCCAUGGAGUUUGCCUCACUAUCCUCUCCUGGAGCGUGUCCAAGAGGGAUUUACAUGACGCCGAGUCCGGAAGCUCUUUCUAAGUGGGAAGGCGUCUUCUUUGUUCAUUCUGGACCGUAUAGCGGAGCCAUACUGCGCUUCGUCAUGGCUUUCAAGCCUGAUUUCCCCCAUACCGCCCCUGUGAUACGCUUCGAGAGCGAGGUGUUCCAUCCUCUGAUAGAUCCCAAGACGAAAGUGUGGCACCCUCACGGUCCCAUAUCCCAGUGGAGACCGCGGAUACAUCAUGUCGUUCAUUUCCUGAGUGACCUCAGGAGAAGCUUCCAGAUCGCUGUUCUAGAUAAUAUCAUGGAUAGCGAGGCGGUCAAUAAGCAGAUCUGGUCGCAAGUCCUCCCUCCUUCCGCCACGAGCCCAUAA